GCCCACGAGCGCUGAGGGAGCCGCCGGGAGCCCGCGGCCCCGGGCACAGCCGCGGGACACCAUGAGCCAAGCGCAGCCCUACGGCUCGCGGAACGGCGGCUCCCCGGCGGCCGGCGCCCGGCGGAACGACAGCCAGGACUACCUGCUGCUGGACGCCGAGCCGAGCGAGGAGAGCGCGCUGCCGCCCUACGCCUUCUACCCCGUGAGCCUCCUGCAUUGCCUGCAAGUCACUGUGCUACUUUUGCAACAGAUGUCAGGGUGGUCAAAAUCCCCCAACAGAACAAGAGCCUGCCAUCCUGGUGAUCCACCUUAUUCAUCCACCUUGCUCAUGUGCUGGGAAUUGCAAAUUUUUAAGGAGGCACAACAUGUGCUUAGCCGAGGCAAUGAGAACAGACUAGCACUACGACGACAGACCAUUCUCCGGGAGAAGGGGAGGAGACAGGCCAGUCGAGGGCCAGCGUAUAUGUUUAAUGACCACUCAACAAGUCUUUCACUUGAGGAAGAGCGCUUCUUGGAUGCAGCAGAGUAUGGAAAUAUCCCAGUGAUUCGCAAAAUGCUGGAAGAAUGUCCCUCACUCAAUGUAAAUUGUGUGGACUACAUGGGGCAGAAUGCCUUGCAGCUAGCAGUUGCUAACGAGCACCUGGAGAUCACAGAACUUUUGCUGAAAAAGGAGAACCUGUCUCGGGUCGGGGAUGCCUUGCUUUUGGCUAUUAGCAAAGGUUAUGUUCGGAUAGUAGAAGCUAUCCUAAACCAUCCUGCGUUUGCCGAAGGCAAGAGGCUUGCAUUAAGUCCUAGCCAGUCAGAGCUCCAGCACGAUGACUUCUAUGCAUAUGAUGAAGAUGGAACACGGUUUUCUCAUGAUGUUACACCAAUCAUUCUGGCUGCUCACUGUCAUGAGUAUGAGAUUGUCUACACUCUACUGAGAAAAGGGGCUCGCAUUGAUAGACCACAUGACUAUUUCUGCAAGUGCAGUGAAUGCAACCAGAAACAAAAGCAUGACUCUUUCAGCCAUUCUAGGUCCAGAAUCAAUGCCUACAAAGGUCUGGCCAGCCCUGCUUAUUUGUCUUUAUCUAGUGAAGACCCUGUAAUGACUGCCUUAGAGUUAAGCAAUGAGCUGGCUGUGCUUGCCAACAUUGAAAAAGAGUUUAAGAAUGAUUACAAGAAAUUGUCUAUGCAAUGCAAGGAUUUUGUAGUUGGACUCCUUGAUCUGUGCAGAAAUACAGAAGAAGUGGAAGCUAUUUUGAAUGGUGAUGUAGAGACGAGCCACAACAGUAAUGGAGAACACGGUCGUCCCAGCCUUAGCCGCUUAAAACUUGCAAUCAAAUACGAAGUAAAAAAAUUUGUAGCACAUCCAAACUGCCAGCAACAACUUCUUUCCAUCUGGUAUGAGAAUCUGUCAGGUUUACGGCAGCAGACUAUGGCGGUGAAGUUUCUGGUUGUUCUUGCCGUUGCAGUAGGACUGCCAUUCCUUUCAAUGGCUUACUGGAUUGCUCCUUGCAGUAAGCUGGGAAGGAUAAUGCGUGGACCAUUUAUGAAGUUUGUAGCCCAUGCAGCUUCUUUCACCAUUUUUCUUGGUCUACUUGUCAUGAAUGCAGCUGACAGAUUUGAUGGCACCAAGCUCCGGCCCAACGAAACUACAGGCAAUGUAAAGCAGCUAUUUAGAAUGAAAACAUCCUGUUUCUCAUGGAUGGAGAUGUUAAUUAUUUCUUGGGUAAUAGGCAUGAUAUGGUCUGAAUGUAAAGAAAUUUGGUCCCAAGGUCCAAAGGAAUAUCUUUUUGAAUUAUGGAAUAUGCUUGAUUUUGGUAUGUUAGCAAUUUUUGCAGCAUCAUUCAUAGCAAGGUUUAUGGCAUUUUGGCACGCGUCCAGAGCCCAGAACUUGGUUGAUGCAAAUAUGAAGGAUCUGUCAAGUCCAACACUGGAACCCAACAUAAAAUACUACACCCUGGCCAGAAUCAACUGGGAUCCGUCUGAUCCGCAAAUCAUAUCUGAAGGCCUGUAUGCGAUUGCAGUAGUGCUGAGUUUCUCCAGAAUAGCUUAUAUCUUACCGGCCAAUGAAAGCUUUGGACCCCUGCAAAUAUCACUUGGCAGAACUGUGAAAGAUAUCUUCAAGUUCAUGGUGAUAUUUAUCAUGGUGUUUGUAGCUUUCAUGAUAGGAAUGUUUAAUCUCUACUCCUACUAUCUGGGAGCAAAACAAAAUGAAGCAUUUACAACUGUUGAAGAAAGUUUCAAGACGUUGUUCUGGGCUAUAUUUGGACUUUCAGAAGUUAAAUCAGUUGUUAUCAAUUAUAAACACAAGUUCAUUGAAAAUAUUGGCUACGUUCUUUAUGGAGUCUAUAAUGUUACCAUGGUCAUUGUCUUACUGAACAUGCUUAUUGCCAUGAUCAACAGCUCAUUCCAGGAAAUUGAGGAUGAUGCUGAUGUAGAAUGGAAAUUUGCAAGGGCUAAACUUUGGUUUUCUUACUUUGAAGAAGGGAGGACUCUUCCAGUACCCUUCAACUUAGUACCAAGUCCGAAAUCUUUGCUGUAUCUCUUACUUAGACUCAAAAAAUGGAUCACUAAACCAUUUAUGUGCCAAAAGAAAAGCUUCCAGGAAGACGCAGAGAUGAACAAGCUCGGUCAAAGGAAGCAAUCAAGUAUAAGAAGUUCUGAUGAAAUUCACUUAAACAGUUUAAACAAUCCUCCAAGACAAUAUCAGAAAAUAAUGAAGCGUCUGAUUAAAAGAUACGUACUGAAAGCUCAGAUAGAUAAGGAAAGUGACGAAGUCAAUGAAGGUGAACUGAAGGAGAUUAAACAGGAUAUUUCAAGUCUCCGAUAUGAACUCCUUGAGGAAAAAUCUCACAAUUCAGAAGAUCUGGCAGAACUUAUAAGGAAACUUGGGGAAAAACUGUCAAUCAACUCUAAAGAAGAAAGCAAGAGAUAACCAAACAUUUAAGAAAUGCAACAGAACAUUAAUCCACUCAAAGCCAUAUUUCUGUUUUUCUCAAGUCUAGCUCACGUUUCUACUAUGGAUUCAGAAAUUACAUCAUUCCAAUUCUUUAUUACAGAAAUCACAGUGGCAAAUCCUCUGUGUAUAUGGUAGAGACGAAAUACAACUUAAUAUUUAUUUAUUCAUUACCUGUUGAAGAAAUAGUUUUAGAACAUUUUAAUGUUCAAUUUACCUCUUUUAGAAUGUGAGUGGAAUCUUAAUAAGCCCAAUCAUGAAAGAUUAAAAACACAAAUCCAAACUUUUUCUACCUUAACUGGUUGUUUUUUCCAAAUUUCAUUUAAUAGACAUUCAUGCAUUUGUUUUAAUGAAGCAGAAGAGGAAUAUUGUAGUCUUUUACAUAUUUAUAUCAAAAUCUAUUUAAUUUUUCAAACAUUUCCAAUUAGCAAAAAAAAAAGGAAAAAAAAGCUAAUUGCCUUUCUUAAAUAUGUGCAGGAUAUUAAAGUAAUUUAUUUGAGCACCUCAUUGAAAGAGGUAGGUAGCAGAAUACUCAAGAGGUCUUCCCUACUUACCUCUAUCACUGCUGAGGUGUCCUAGAAUAUGCUUAGGUUCCAACAGGGGGCGGUGCAUUAAGAAGGAAAUAUUUUUCACCAAGCUUAUUGAAGAGCUGUUGCUGAGGCCUGGAGGAAAUUCCUUUAAUCCAAAACAAUUAAUCCUGGAGGUUGUAUUCUGUUCCAGAAUUCCCAAGUUCUGCUUUUAUGUCUUGAACUAAAACUCACAAACUGCAAGGAUGUUUGAAUAAGACUUAUUUAAGUUGGGAAAUAGUAAAAUAUUAGAUGCAAACCUUCUGAAUUCUGGAAAUGUUAUGCACUGGGGACCACAGUUCCUCACAGUUAAACUUGUUUAAAAUGUUGAAUUUUUUUCAGAUGUAUCCACAGCAAAAGAAAACAUGUUGUUUCAAAGGCACCAAAUCUCAUGUUUGGAUGUUUUCAUCCCCUGUCCUUUCUUUCUUUCUUUUUUUUUUUCUUUUUUUUUUUUUCCCCUGGGCAAAUCUCCUGUGCUCUGUUUCUUAGGACUUCAUUGGUGAAAAAUCUUUUGCACGUCAUCAUCAGUAUCCACCAAUGCUUCCACCAUGCCCACUUCAGUACUCCCCUGUCUCUGGCUGGAAGAGAGGUAGCAUAAGCUGAGUCUGGUUGUCUGUUGCGUGACUUGCCUACUAAUACCUACAUGCAGAAUGUUUUCCGUUUCUCGAAGUGGAUGUGCGCUAAAUGCCAUCCCAUUUUUCCCUCAAUUAAUACAGUAAGUAGGGUUUCCCUCUUCUAACAAUCAGCAGUUCUGGGAUUGUUAUAAGCAUUUAUUAUGUUUUUCUUUAAGCUUGUUUAAAGGAAUCAAAAGGGCUGGGAAACAUUUUAACACAAACUUCAAGAUGCAGAACGCACCUAUAAAAACCUUAUGCUUAGGAAACAAAUCUAGGAAUGGCUUGACAGUAAUUGCUUUUAAAGUAGCUUUGUGAAACUUAUUUAUUGUGGAAUGUAUUGGAAUCUUUCCAUGUCUCUCUUUUAGACUAGAGGUGUAAAAAUGUUGUUUUUAAUGGUUGCAGAUUAGUUUCCAGCUGAAUUUACUGAGAGUCCUUUCUUAAAAAACAUUGGUCAAAUCACUGUGUAUUUUCAGGGGAAAAAAAAAAUACUGAAUGAGAACUGGUUUUGCAGCCAAGUAGAGAUACAGAGAACUGAGGGGUUCUGUCCUGCCUGGAGUGUGGUCAGAGUUGUGCAGGUUGGUCUUCUCAGGCAGUAUUAACUAUAAGUUCGGGGAACUUCUCAGCCUUAUGCUCAGUCCAUGAGGUUAGCCACUAUUGGAGCAUGUGGGACACAGACACAAUGAACUCAGGGUUUAGAAACUUACAAGGUCUCUUCUUCUGAGGGAGGAGAGAAGAAAUGAGAUUUUCAAAGGUACUAGAACAGGCUGCAUUACAAACACUGUGUGUGACUGGAAAACUAUGACCUACAGAAUAGUCAAUUUAAUAACUUGCCUUUGAUAAUUUAAAAGCAUUACCUCAUAACCUGCCAUAUUUCCUGCAGUAGUCCACAGGGAGUGCUGCAGACUCUGAGAUGGCCAUGCUGGUUGUACGUCAGCAGAGACGCUCUGGUUUCUGUGUCAGCCACUUUGCAGAAAUGAAAGCAGUAGGGGUGGUCUGUGAUUGGAAAUCAGCAUGAAGCUAUCUAUCUUCACUGUCUUUUGGCUCCUAGAAGGCUUCUGUCCAUCUCCUUGAGUCAGGAUUGGCCGCUGAUUUUGAGUUCCCACAUGGAUAUCUGCGGCCUGGCUUUCUGAAAUAGUGAGCACUUUCUACAGCUCCAGUUAAUGACCACGUUAGAGACCCCACUGCACAAAGAUUUUCCACCUUUACAAAGUCUGUUGACCAGAAUUCUGACUUGCAAUUACAGUCAAAAUUUGCUUUCAUUAAUUUUUUUUGUUCAUUGUCAUGUACAAUUUGGAUUUGCGGCCCAGUGCUGCAUGAUGGUAAAACCUUCAGUCUCCAUAAAUGCAGUGUGAGGAAGUGGCACUUAAGAAAAUGUGUAAAUGUAAUUUAAAAUCCUGGCACUUUUAAAGUGAAGAUUUUUCUUACAGAGACAAAAUGGACACUGUGAAAUUGUUUAAGCCCAAAUUUUGACUUAUCUUAAAACUAUAGGAUCGUGAUGUAUAUAUUGUAUUUCAUGAAAAAAAAUACAUAUGGAUUUUUUUAAUUCAAUGAAUAUAUUUUAUAUGUAGUUAUUACUCAUGGAACAAUUUGUUAAAUAUAUUUGAAGAGGUCUAAUGCCAAAUGUAGUGUGACAAACAUUGUAGUAUUUAAAAUGAGCACAAUACCAAAUAUCUAAUUUUGAUCAAAAAUUAAACGUACCAGACUCAAAAUA